AUGAUAUUUUUUCAAAAAUCGAAAUGUUGUGUGUGUGCAAAGGAUCUAUAAGCAUUAAAGUUGAGAAAAAGCUAUAGAUGUAAGAUGUGUCACCAAGAUGUUUGCAUUAAUUGCAGUGAAAACCGUGUUAAAGUAUAAAUACCUUAAAAUUAGUUAUAUGCCAAACCAAAUGAUUUUGUUAAAGAUUUCAAUUUACCAUAACGUGUGUGUGAUAACUGUUUUAGAGAUUAUUCAUAUUAUCAAAAAUUAAUUUAAGAAUAUGGACUCAAAUGGAAUACUAGAUCAUUGCUUCAAUCAAAAUGGAUUGGGAAACAGGAAAGGAAAAUUAAGAUUUAAAUAGGUAUUUCCGAAAGCGACAGGGAAAUUAUUGAUAAAGAUGUUAUCACAGGAAGAUCAGAGGCCUUUUUAUUUAAUUAUAGUUUAAGAGAGUUUAUUACCUAAUGUUAGGAAGGUUAUGAUCAAACAUAUAUAAGGGAAUCAAUUAUUAAAGUAUUAUAGCUAUUUGUUACACAUUAUCCAAUAAUUGGAUAUUGCUAAGGAAUGAAUUAGAUAGCAACAAUUUUGUUGUGUGUUUCUGAUGAAGAAGGAGCAUUUCACAUUAUGAAUUACAUUUUCAAAUAAAUCAUUCCUCCAAGAUUCUACUCCAACUCAUAGGGAGCCACUUUGAUUGGUUAUUAAGCAGAACUUUACUUUUUGAAAACAUUGUUAAAAAGUUUGAACUUAUAAAAUUUUGAUUAACUAAGCAAUUUUUUAGAUGUUUCAGGACCUCAAAUGUUGUUAACUUUGAUGUUAUAAGUGUUAAAUACAAGUUCCUUAUUAGUCACUUGGGGAGAAAUGUUCAAAAGGAACUCUUUCAUUCCUAUUGAUCAAGCAAUCAUUCUUUCUUUAGUUCAGGCAUCAAGAACUUUUGAUCUAACUAAGUAAGGAAUCAUUGAAGAAAUAGGAAAGAAUAUUAAAUAUAGUGAUUUAUCUUAAAUAUUCAGUAAAGAGGGUGCCUAUUUCACUAGCUUUGAAAGGUAAGUAUAAAUAGAACAAUAUUAUUCAUAAACAAGCAGAUCCUGGGUUAAUAAUGAGAAACUAAUACUCUUUAGACUCAAGAAAAUCACCAAUUUUGACACUGAAGAGAUCCUAGAAAUCUAGAAUGAAUUUAAAAAGUAUUGCAUGGAAUCAAGGAGUGUAUCCAUAAGUAGACAUGAUAGACAAAGUAUUAAAUAAUCAGCUUAAUUAACUGAUUCUUCUGAUGAUGAUACUGAUUAUCUAUAAAAUUUGUAGAUAUAGCAGGUUAAGUUACAGAAGUAUGGUAUAAAUAAGGAAGCAUUUCUUGAUCUUAUGGAAUAAUUUCAUUAGCAUUAAACUAAGUAUCAAAUUUUAGAUCGACAUAAAUAUGAAUUAGUGUUUAAUUUAUUUGAUGAAAAUAAAACAGAAUUGCUAGAUUUUAGAGAGUUCUUGAUUUGUUUGAGUAUCUUAUUAAGAGGAUCCUUUGAAUAAAAAUUGAAGAUGUUUUUCACUGCACACACUGGAUCUAGUUUGAAAGAUCAAGAAUUUUAGACUUUGUUAUCAAUAAUUAUUCCAUAGGAUUUACAAUCAUAGGAUGAAUAUCAAUCAUUCUUGAAGAGAAUAUAUAAACCUCAAUAUUCUUAUUAAGAUAUGCUCUAAGUGUCUUAAGAUCCAUUUGUUUCAGAUAAUGAAUACAAGAGGGAACGAAGUCAAACGUCGGUAAUAAUAGCAUAGUCAUUAAACCAUAUAAAAUACAAUUGA